AUGAGCGCGGAUUGCAGCGGAUAUUACAAUGUCGAAAACAUCUUCGUUGCUAACUUCACGUGCCCCAAGCCCGGCGGCGACCUAGCUGCCAGUUACUGCUGUGGCUUUAAUGACAUCAAAUACUGCUGUGAUGAUCCCAACAGCUUCUUCCCUUACGCCUACAGCUACAUGUGGUGGUUAAGUAUCUGGGCUCUGGUGGGGCUUUCUAUAGCGGCAGUGGUUCUACUGGUUUUCCUCAUCACGGUUUGUGUUUUAUGCUACCUUUUCAUCUGCAUUAAACCUCAAUCUAGACUGGACACCGGAUUAGAUCUGCAAAUACUGGGCAGCGAACAGAUUUUAGAAACUCCAAAUCCAUCCAGCGGGCCAAGCACAAUUAGGAAGCAACUUCAGAGUCGAAGAUUAGAUUGCAGCCGGUCAGAUUCCAAGCCUGAAUCCGAUCGAUUUUUCCAGAGAUGUUUCAUGGCCACAGCUACAACAAUUAACAAACAGGGAUCCCCAUGAGGUUCCUGCUGUCUCUAGUUUGGAAUCAAUCAUUAUAAAUUGUUGUACAAGUUGUGUUUGUGCAAUUGCCACAUUUUACAAUAUUGCCUUUGAAAUGGUUGCAGGAAUUUUGUUAAACAUUUUUGAAAGUGAAGCUAAUUUUGUUGGUCUUCAAUUUGGUGAACUUUAGAUGAGAAAGAAAGAUUGGGGAGUGAAGAAAGACAUAAAUCAUGACCUGGGCAAUAAGAAUGAUUCAAGAAAGUAUGAAAGAGGUUAAGAAAAUGAUGAUUUCAUUUUUUGCAAUUUUUCUUCCAUUUCCUGUAAAGUUGCCAGGGAUUCAGAUUGAUCAGAAGACUUUUAAUUGAUAACUGAUAAACUUGGAAUUUUGGGUCAAAACUAUAACCAUCAUAUCUACUUAUCUUUAUUGUUCAUGCACAAGGAAUUUUUAACCUUUUUUUAAGACCUGGACCAUCAUAAGAUACAUAUACAAGGCUGUAGUCAUGAUGCAUGGCUUUCCUAUGAAAGUAAAAACUAUUCUUAUCAUACAGAUACACUCUAACUUGGAGAAUUAAGUUGUUGAUCACUCUAUGACAAACUUGGUAGAUAAUCCAUUAAUUCAAAAGUAAUCUGCGUUACAUGAGAAAUGGGUUUAGGCCUCCCCUGUGGGUGAUUGUGCUAUCAAUUCAGAAUGUGGACUUGGCAGUGGAACUGUUUUCUGUAUCUUUAAUUAUAUUGAGAGCAUGCUUGCACUUCAUUAGUUAUUUUAUUCAUUCAAGGGUUAUAGGGUUUGUAGGCUGAGCCAGCAUCUAACUGUCCACUCCUAACUGCCUUAAAUAUGUCUCUCCCACCCACCUUCAUACUCUGACCUCAUCUUUUUUUCUACGGUCUUGAUGAAGGGUCUCGGCCCGAAACAUCGAUGGGUUUUGCAUCAAUACUGCCUGGCCUGCUGAGUUCCUCCAGCAUUUUGUGUGUGUUUCUUGGAUUUCCAGCAUCUGCUAAUUUUUCUCUUGUUUGUAUCUGGUUAGACCAUUCUUGGAAUGUCAUGUAGAGCUCUGAUCGCCUCGUUAUGGCAAAGAUGUGGAAGCUUUAGAGUGGGUGCAGAGGAGAUUCACCAGUAUGCUGUCAGGAUUAGAGAGCUUGUCUUAUGAGGGUAGGUUGUGUGAGCUAGGUCUAUUCUCUUUGACGAGAAGGAGAUUGAAAGGUAACUUCACAGGUAUACAAAAUGAUAAGAGGCAUAGAUAGUGGACACCCAGAGACGUCUUCCCUUGGGGUGGAAAUGGCUGAUAUGGAAAGGCAUAACUUUAAGGUGUUUGGAGGAAGAUAUAGGGGGGAUGUCAGAGAUAGGUUUUCCCACUCAGAAUGGUGGGUGCUUGGAAUGCGCUGCUGGGGGUGGUAAUAGAGGGAGAUUCAUUAGGGACAUUUAAACACUCUUAGGCACAUGGAUGAAAGAAAAACAAAGGGUCAUGUGGAAGGGAAGGGUCAGAUUGACCUUGGAGUAGGUUAAAGGGUCAGCACAGCAUCGCGGGAGGGAGGCCCUGGCCUAUGCUGUACUGUUCUACGUUUUGUUUAUUCAUUUGUUCUCCCCCCCCUCAAUUUAAAUAAACUUCCCAUCUCUGUUUUGCAGAUGCUUAACUUUGUUUCCUUUAUUGAUCUGCCUGGUAUUCCCAGCAUUUUCUGUUUUUAUUGUAUGUCAAGUUGAGACUGGAUUAUUGUCAUUGGUUUGAACAACUAGACCAUUACAUUUGCAGUCGUGCCUGUCAAAAUUUCCAAAUUUCAUUUAGCUGGACAAUGGUACUUCCACAUAAAGACAAGAUGUGUAGGUAUGAUCUUGUGAGUCAAAAUAGUCAGAGGGAAAUAACAACAUCAAUUAGGAUUAGUUAAACUGGAAGCUGCAAAUAUAUUAUUAAGGUAAAUAAAGAGAUUUACCAGUGCAAACUUGUGAGUGAAUUAGUGGAGACUGGUGAGAAACUGUCAGCCUAAUGCUAGUAUGAGAUCAAAGGAAGAGUAAUUACAGCAUGAACUUACAAUGGCUGGACUAUUUGCAAAAACAAUUUGAAUAAAUAAUGAUCAAGUUAAUUUAACUUGUGAUCUGCUAAUGAUAGUUUCCAAUAUAUAAAGCAUAAAUAUGCACUCACAUUUGAAUUUGAAAGAGGAUUCUGAACAAGGGCAAGGGGCUACUGCUGUAAAUGACAGGGACAACAUGCACUACAUUUUCAUACAUCAAGCCAAAAUUUAUUUAACAUUUAUUUAUUGCCUAUAAUAAGAUUAUUUUAAUAAUCUUGCUUUAACUUUUAAAGAAGUGAACUACAAAAUGAAGUGCUGGUACUGGGUGUGCUUGGAUGAUGUGGCUAUAAGGAUUGUCACUAAAAGGGAGAGAGGGGACGAGUUCUGAUGGAAUAUUGGACACCAGAUUUACAAUUCUAAUUGCUGGCUCGAAUGGUAAUCAUUUUGUGGUGUCACGAACGCCAGCUAGACUUUAAUGAAGACACAGAGAAUCUGGAACGAAAAGGGAAUGCUGGAGGAGCAGCAUCUGUAGAGAAAAGGGGAUUCUGGGUAAAGACAAAGUACAAUUGUAUCAGUACAAAGGAAACUAGCAAUUACAGUGUCAAAUGGUCAAACUUGCACUACAAGAUAAUGUUAAACACAACUGAAUAGUCAAAGCUAUGGAAUUAGAUUAUUUAAAUGUGCUAAGUGAGAGUAGUGACUUGCUGGUUGAUGUCCAUUAUAACAUCGGGGAGUCUGAGUGAGGCGAGAUACAAGCCUACUAACUGAACAUUAUUUUACAUUUUGGUUCACUAAAAAGUAAGAAGCCCAGGAAAGCAGUGAAUAAAUGGAAUCUUAUGUGAAAUUAUUAUUAACAGAUGUUUCUCUUCACUUCAAUGUUAAUUUAGUAUUAGUGAAAUGCUGCAAUGCUUCUGGCCUUGUUAAAAUGUGUUGCUUGUUUUAACACUCCUGUAAAAGCUUGAUAUUAUAUUGCACUGUCUUUGCUUGUGUUAUAAUUAAUAAAUCUACUUCAUUAUGUAUAUCAUUGAAUGGAUAAUUGUUUUUUUUUUGGUUAUGUCUCUGACAGCUAUGUAAACUUGAUUGGUAAAAUCUAACAAGAUAAUCUGUUAAAUUGGUAAAGCUUUCGGGGUGACCAUCAAUUUGCUUAUUUUAACGUGCUCAAAGUUAUCUUGGAAUCAGAAUAAGGGUUACUAUCAGUUUAAAAAUUAAAUAGGUAGUAUAGAAGAGCAAAAAUAGUGCAGUAGUGUUCAUGAGUUGGUUCAUUGUUUGUUAAGAAAUCUAAUGUGGAGGGGAAGAAGUUGUUCCUAAAAUAGAAACAUAGAAAACCUGCAGCACAAUGCAGGCCCUUCAGCCCACAAUGCUGUGCCAAACAUAUAUUUACUUUAAAAAUUACCUAGGGUCAGCCAUAGCCCUCUAUUUUGCUAAGCUCCAUGUAUCUUCAAGCUCCUGUACCUCCUCUCUGAUGGUAGCACUGAGAAGAGGGCCUGUCCUGGGUGAUGGUUGUUAAUGAUGGAUGCUGCCUUUUUGAGGCAUUGCCUUUUGAAUAUUUUUUUUAUUUUGGGAGACAGCACGGAAUAGGCCCUUCUGCUCCUUUGUGUCAUGUCAUCCAGCAAUCCCCAACAACCUAGCCUAAUUGGGACAAUUUACAAUGACCAAUUAACCUACUAACCGGUAUAUCUUUGGACCUUGGGAAGUAACUGGAGUACCUGGAGAAAACCCAUGCAUUCCACAGCGAGGAGAUACAAACUCCUUACAGAGGACAAUGGGAUUAAACUCCAAACUCCAUCCUGAGCCGUAACUGCAUCGCUCUAACUGUUGUGCUACCAUGGCAAAUACAUCCAUGAUGAUGGGGAAGCUUGUGCUCAUGAUGCAGCUGACUAUGUUUGCAACCCUCUGUUGCUUUUUCUGAUCCUGUGUAGUGCCCCUCACCCCAUACCAGGCAGUGAUGCAAAUAGAAUUCUCUCCAUGGUACAUCGAUAAAAAUUUGUUUGUCUUUGGUGACAUACCAAAUCUCCUCAAACUCUGAAUGAAAUAUAGCUGCUGUCUUGUGUUCAAUAUCUUGGGCACAGGAUAGAUCUUCAGAAAUGUUGACACUCAGGAUCUUGGAACUGCUCAGCCCUUCAAGAUAAUUUGAGGACUGGUAAGUGACUUCCCCUUCCUGAAGUCCACAAUCAAUUCCUUGAGUGUAAGUCUGAUGUUGUGACACCAG